AGUUAUUUAGACAAGAUGAAGACGUUAACAGUGGUGUUAGUUGUAACUGUACUUGUGAUACAUAUUUCGGGGUAUUUGAUACAAGUGCCGACUGAAUGGACCGUGGAGAGGAUAGAAACUGUUCCAGCACAAUGGGUGCAUGUUCAAAAAAUGAUGAUCCCGUUAUUCGAAAAUGUUUGCGAGGAUAGCAAUGAUCCUGUCAUACGUAAUCUGUCUCAGGCAUUCACCUUUAAUCCAGACGAUUAUUCUGAACCAAGUGCGAUUGCAGAUUUGCAAAAGCUCAAGGCAGCUGGCUUAAUGCCCAAGGGAGAAAUUUUCAGCGAGUAUAAUCCUGAGCAUAUGAAGGAACUGAAAAUAAUAUACGAAGUUUUGUACUCCGCCAAAAAUUUUGAUGCGUUCUAUAAAGCAGCUGCAUGGGCGCGCCAGAAUUUAAACUGUGGACUCUUUGUUAAUGCUAUCUACUUAUCCAUUCAAAGCAGGAAAGAUACAGAGCGACUUUCUAUACCAGCACCUUAUGAGGUCUUACCAAACUACUUUGUUCGCAAAGAGGUUCUAGUCAAAGCUUCGUCAAUUCUAGUUGGCCAGGAAGUCACUCCCUCUGAAAGCAUUCGCGAGGAUGGAAAUGCUCACAUUAUUGAUGCCAACUACACUGCAAUGUUUUACGACAACGACGAUGACUCGAAAUUGGCCUAUUUCCGUGAAGAUAUUGGAUUAAACUCUUAUUAUUUCUUAAGAAAACUUAGAAUGUCUCCAUGGCUUAAUAACGACAUAAACGGCAGAUAUGGAGAAAAUGUGUAUCAGAUGAUGAAACAAUUCAUGGCGAGAUAUAAUUUAGAAAGAUAUGCCAAUGGUAUGCCAGAGAUAGAAGGCAUUGACUGGAAUUCUUUGCCUGACAUUCCUUACGAUCCUGAACUAGUUUAUUCUGAUGGCAUUGAAUUUAGCCAUAGGACAAAACCUUUAGUAUUACCAGUAAAUGAUGAAUUAGCAUUAUUACAAACAAUAGAAAAUAAUAUUGUCACCGUAGCCAGCCACAUGCGUCAGAGUGGAUAUAAUAAAACACAAAUAUUGAAUCAUUUAAUGGAAAUCCUUGUCACGGGGGAGAGGAGUUAUGAGACAUUGGCUCGCCAGCUCCUUGGCAAAGAUCACACCAACAACGGACACGUUUCGGUGCUAGAACACUGCAUGACUUCGAUGCGAGAUCCGAUGUUUUGGAAGAUAAACAAGAAGAUAGUUGACCUCGUCGACAGUGCUCUAAAACUGUUACCAACAUACUCAAGGAGUGAACUAUACUUCCCUGGAGUGGAGAUCGUAAAUAUUGAUGUAAAGAAAAUGAUGACAGCGUUCGAUUACUUUGACUUCGAUGUUACAGACGCUCUAAAAUUAGACAACAGUAAGUCACCGUUAAACAUUAAAAUAGGUCAGCCCAGGUUAAACCAUAAACCAUUUACAGUAAAACUUAAUAUAUCAUCUCUGGUAACUAAAAAAGGUUUGGUUAAAAUUUAUUUGGGGCCAAAACUUAUACCUGGUGAACUUGCUGCUAAAAAGAAUCUUUUCACGCUUCUUGAUGUCUUUGAAGUCAAUCUUAAAAUUGGAAGCAAUAUUAUAUCAAGAACAUCGAAUGACAUGAAGCACUUAUCUUCAGACUUUAUUUCACUUAAAACUAUCAAAAAGCAAGUAGUAGACGCAGAAUUUGGAUUAGAUUCUUUGCCAUUAAAAACGAUCUAUUCACAAAUUGGGUAUCCAAAUAGACUCAUUUUGCCAAAAGGUUUAUCGACAGGUUUGCCUAUUCAAAUGUUUGUUUUCAUUGCACCGUUCACUAAAGCAAGUAUGAGUAGCACAUACUCUACAAAUACCAUGGACUUCAAUUCUGCAAUUUUAUCUCCUGGUUAUCCACUUGAUUUGAUGAUUGAAGAUAAACAAUUGUUUUCAUUGCCAAAUGCAUUGAUUAAAUAUGUCACUAUAACUCAAAAGGGCGAUAGCAAAGUAGAAAAUUAUGGGGGUCCCGGUGUAACUAAGCAGUGGUACGGCACAAACAGUUACGAUCCUUCCAGUCGCCCUAGUUAUUCACCUGAAAAUAGAAAAACUUUUGAUUACAACUCAAAAAGAGGUCCACCUACAAAGAACGAAAAUAAUGCGGAUGAAGGUCCUGAAUAUUUGCCUAGAAUAGAUGACUAUAACACUUAUUCUCUAGUUACACCUUCAGAACAAGAGUCUAUUCCUGAAACGGUACAUGAGGUUAAUUUAAAUAAUGAUAUUGUACACUCGAUCAACUCUUUGAAUUAUAUAAAAGAAGCUUUCGACAAUAACGCAAAAUUUGAGAAAAAAGAUAAUUCUGUGGAAAGGGAAGAAAACUCAAACAAAAAGACGUCAAAGGAAGAAAAUGAUAUUUGGGUUCCCACAAACAAAGAUUUAGAAAGCGACGAAUAUUUAGACAAAGGCACCCCUCGUUUGCUAAAGUCAGCUAGUUAUGAUUAUUCUUCCAAAUACAAAAAAAGAGAACCAUUUGAUUACAACGCGAAAAAAGUACAGUUUGACAAAAAAGAUUAUUCUCGUAAACGAGAAGACUAUACCAAAUAUCGUACCGCAGCACCAACCGAAGUCGAGGCUACCUCUACAAAAACACAAGAGCUUGAAGAAUUAAUUUCCAAUGAAAUUAAGGACAGUGUCAAUUUAAUUGAUGAUACUUUUAGACUUCUAAAAUCAAGUAAAUUCGAUUAUACCUCAAAGAAUAAUAAAGAACCAUUUGACUACAAAGCGAAGAAAGCCCAAUUUGAUAAGAAAAACUAUUCUGCAAAAAGAGAUUUCACUAAAUACCGUACUGUAGCACCAAUAGAAGAAGAAGUCGAAAUUACUACUACGGAAACACCGUUACAGACAGACUUAGAUUGGGAAGAAAUGAAAGAAUCCGUUAAAGAAAUACUUAACACACCAAGACUGCUGAAGUCUUCUAAAUUUGAUUAUUCUGCAAAAAGAAAAGAACCCUUUGAUUACAAAGCUAAGAAAGCCCAAUUUGAUAAGAAAGAUUAUUCGGCAAAAAGGGGGGACUACACUAAAUACCGAACAGUUCCACCAAGUGAAGAAAAAGUCACUACUGCUCCUACAAUUAAUGAACUAGAAUCUAGUGAAGACGAAUUAGCAAGAAUAGCAUUAGAUAAAGAUACCAAUAAUUUAGAUUUGAUCAGUGAAGUUAAAGAAAAUAAUAUUAAUGUAGAUAAUAAUGACAAUGAUUUAUUAGAUAUUGAGACAUUUCCUCUUGUUGUGGUCAGAAAUCGUACUCCUACACUAUACGACUUUCUGUUCCAUGCCUUUGACCAUGAUUAUAGUCCAGAAAUUAAAGUUUACGAGUAAUAAUUGCACCUUUGUAAUAAUUAGAUAGGUAAAUAGACUAGAUGUGGUAUAUACAAUAUGUAUGAUUGCUGAAUUAUAUAUUGUUUUUAUUGGAUUAAAUGUUAUUAUUUUA